AUGGCAUCUGGCAAUUUCUUCCCUAAACUUUUAGUCCGUUUGUUGAGUUCCUCUAGUCCUAAAAUGUCCGCUACUAAGAUUUCUCCUACUCUUGACACUGUUGGUUAUCAAGUGGCUACUGUUGGUGCAGGUUGUUUCUGGGGUGUUGAACAUAUAUAUCGUAAACACUUUGGCAAUGGUAAGGGAUUGAUCGAUGCCCGUGUUGGAUAUUCGGGUGGUACCACUACCAAUCCUAGUUAUAAACAAGUAUGCACCAGUGGAACCGGUCAUGCUGAAGCUUUACAAAUCACUUUUGAUCCUUCACUUGUAACUUAUGACACAUUAAUCGACUUCUUUUUCAGAAUGCAUGAUCCUACUCAGCUCAAUAGACAGGGUCCCGACCAAGGUACUCAAUACCGCAGUGUCAUCUUUACUCACGAUGAUGAGCAACAAAAGGUAGCUGAAGAGGUCAAGGAAAGAAUGCAGAAGACCUUUUACAAGGACCCAAUUGUUACUAAGAUUGAACCUAUUGAGGCCUUUUGGGAUGCUGAAACCUAUCACCAAUUGUAUCUUCACAAGAACCCCACCGGUUAUGAGUGCCCAAGCCACUACGUUAGAACCAAGCCUCAACUCUAG